CUCUCUGUGGUCUGUCUGUGUGAGAGUGAACAACCAUCCAAAUGGCUCAACAGGGCGAUCUGCUGGACCAGGACCAGGACCAGUUCUGUUGUUCUGUCUGUCUGGAUCUACUGAAGGAGCCGGUCACCAUUCCCUGUGGACACAAUUACUGUAGAAUCUGUAUUGAGGGCUGCUGGGAUCAGGAUGAUCUGAAAGGGGUCUAUAGCUGUCCUCAGUGCAGAGAGACCUUCACUCCAAGACCUACGCUGAUGAAAAAUAACAUGUUGGCUGAGGUGGUUGAGAAACUGAGGAAGACAGGACUCCAGGCUGCUCCCCCUCCUGCUCUGUGCUAUGCUGGACCUGGAGAUGUGGUGUGUGAUGUCUGCACUUGGACCAGAAAGCAGAAAGCCCUCAUGUCCUGUCUGGCGUGUGUGGCCUCUUACUGUGAGACUCACCUCCAACCUCACUAUGAAUCUCCUGCUUUGAAGAAGCACAAGCUGGUCAAAGCCACGGCACAACUACAGGAGAAGAUCUGCUCUCAUCAUGACAAACUGCUGGAGGUUUACUGUCGUACCGAUCAGCAGUGUAUCUGUCUGCUGUGUGUGAUGGAUGAACAUAAAGGCCAUGAUACAGUGUCAGCUGCAGCAGAGAGGACUGAGAAACAGAGGCAGCUGGGGAUGAGUCAGCAGAAGGUCCAGCAGAGAUUCCAGGAGAGAGAGAAGGAGCUGAAGGAGCUCCAACAGGCUGUGGAGUCUUUCAAGGUGAGUAUUGUUGACCAGAGGAGACACACCAUUUCACUUCUCUCCUCCAGUCAGAGAGAGAGAGAGAGAGGGGCCCCUAUUCAAUCCCACUGACCCCACUGUUGGGAACAGGCUGUCUGGACCCCUUUCAGAGAAUAGACUACUCUUUUAUUUUCUCAGAAGUACUGAGUUAGGUAGGAGGAUUUAGAGUGGUGUACACCGUGAUUGAACACACUACAGAACAGUAGGUGGCACCAUGCACCUCUUAAAGGAUAGGGUGCAGCAUUUCUACUUUUUGAUAAAAAGCGUGCAAAUUUCAACUUCCUGCUACUCAUGCCAGGAAUAUAGUAUAUGCAUAUGAUUAGUAUGUGUGGAUAGAAAACACUCUGAAGUUUCUAAAACUGGUUCAAUCAUGUCUGUGACUAUAACAGAACUUAUGUAGCAGGCAAAACCCCAAGGAAAAACUGUUCAGAAAAAACAAUCCCUCUGGCAGUUCCCUGAAUUGUCUUUGUCAAGGGAAAUUAGACAGCGCCCAGUUUACAGUUCCUACAACUUCCACAGGAUGUCACCAGUCUUUGGAAUUGGGUUGAAGUUAAUCAUUGGUGAAAUGAAGAAGAGGCAGAGGUUACACUGUGGAUUAUGUAAGAGAGAAAAUCGUGCAUGUAUUGUUGACUUGCUGUUAUUGAAUACAGAUCGCCCCGUCAACAAUUUGAUCGAUUAUUAACGUUUAAAAAUACCUAAAGUUGGAUUACAAAAGUAGUUUGAAAUAUUUUGGCAAAGUUUAUAGGCAACUUUUGAAAUGUUUUGUAGUGACGUUGCGUU